UAAGGUGGGGGUAUGUCGUCCUUCACUGCUUCCAUUGUUUCCGGAAGUUGCUCGGCUUUUACACGGAUGCCGCAAUUCUCAUACCGUGUAAUUUCUUUUGUCAUCGAAAAUUUUCUUGAUUUCUUUUUUCUGCUUGUAAGACCGUGCACGCUUCCUUUUUUCUUUUCUUCCAAGUUGAAUUUAUAUUCCAUCGACUCUCUGGAGAGAAGAACCGUAGAAAAACGCACAAGAACCAUUUUCCUCGACUUGAGGGUCAAUCUCUAUCCGUCCCACCUACCACUGUAGGGCUCGACGAGACUUGGGAGGCAUCCAUUUCCUUUAAAAUAGGAGUUUAUCCUCUCCUUCCCAGUGAGGUGUGUGCGACCUGAAGGAAAGCUUUGUCGUUCAUUCAUCAAUUCUCAUCUCGGCAGCAAAAUGUUAAGUGGGUGCCUCAAAUUCUUGCUGAUCUGUGCGUCAUUCCUCUCCCUCUCUGUAAUUUCGUCAUCAGUAGCGCCUUCCGUUCACGACCUUCUUCCCCAAUAUGGCCUUCCCAAGGGGCUAUUGCCCGAUGCUGUGAAGAGUUACUCCCUGGAGGAAGAUGGGUCCUUCGUGAUCGAGCUUGAGAGGCCCUGCUACGUCCACUUCGAGAAUUUGGCAUACUAUGAGAAGAAGAUUACGGGUAAGAUCUCCUAUGGCGCUAUCUCCGACAUAUCCGGAAUCCAGGCUAAGAAGUUCUUCAUCUGGGUGUCCGUCACCGGUAUGAGGAUCGACCCACCUGAUUAUGUCGAGUUCGAGGUUGGCCCUCUUUCCGAGAAGCUUUCCAUUACGCAAUUCCAAAAAAUUCCCACCUGCAAGAGCAAGGCGUGUAGUCAUAUGCAGGAGGAAAAAUCGGCCAACACCGUCGCAGUUGCAGAGGCAUAAGACCCAUGGAAAUUGUGGAAGUCGGGAGAUGAGCUUUCUUCAGGAUCUCUGAAUAAAUUGUUUAAUUGCAUCCCUAUACAUAUGCAGAUGCGGUCGCUGUAAUUAUAAAUAUUCAUUAUGUAAUUCAGUAAUAUCGUUUUACUGGAAUAUUCCCAAAAGAAUUAAUCAUGGACUUGAAUGGUGUACAACGUUCUGUCAUGUAUGAUUGACCGAUCAAGUGCUUAAUGUUGUAUUCUGAAGUUGCAUAUCCUAUAUUAGAACAUCAUGCUGUUUGAAAAAUGAGAACUUCUUUCA